AUGGCUGUCUCAUUCAAGCGCCUCCAGCUGGGCGGUGCUUAUGAGGGAUCUGGUUACAGUGACAAUGAGGAUGACGAUGACGAUUUGUCCGUUGGCGGUAGUAUCUUCCUUGAACCUGGACACACCGACAAGAAUAGCAGCACCAAUAAGGGCAAAGAGAGAGUCUUCACCGCCAAAUCCUAUGCUGGGUAUGGGUAUCUGACCUACAGCAGCAUAAUUGAAGGGGGUAAUUAUAAUCGAGGCGAGAGUGCUUCAAGCGGGGGAGGUCGAAAUAAGAAGCAGAGACGAUCAGAACAGGCGAGGAGGAAGUCGCUUGCUUGA